AUGCUUCAUAAUGGUGGAAUUGAUCUUGAUGAACUCUUCGUGCCGCACCUUCUGGUGUUCGAAUUUUUGUAUGGUGGACAACAAGCACGUUGCAUUAAUUUGCUUGGCUAUAUUCCCACGCAACAAGCAAGCAUCAACUAUUGGAAAAAAACAAGCAAUAAACUGUUUGAUCCAAAUACUUCAGAACAAGGGAAUAUUGACUGUGAUUGGGUGAACGACCCACUGGACUUCCAUUUGCAGUAA